AUGAUCUGAAGCAUCCACCCCGAGCACGCAAAAACAGGGAGAUGCCGUGGACUGUAACGAAUUCAUUCAAACGGUACGCUUUCUACUAAUUGCCCCUCGCACGCAAAAACACCCCUGACAGCUUUCCGACAGAGGUCUCAUGAUGAAAACAUACGGCCGGUCCUCAUGGCGCGUCUACGACGAUGACCAGCGGCCCGCGGCCAAAAAAAGACGCGUUUUGUCCGACAACGAGUCAGACGCGGCCGAGAAGAGCAUUGAGUAUGCCAUUCGCGAGUCUACAGCCAACGUGCGAUCGAGCCCAUCGCGCCGGAAUUCCCUUGCACUAUCGGACGGCUCUCAGGACACUGAACUGUCAACUCCCCCUUCCUCACCCCCGCCUCGAUUGUCACCCCCACCGCAGAACACGCGAAAACCUACCUUCUCCUUCCUCAAACGCAAGCACUCGACCACCAAGGAGGGGUCCAAUGGGACCCCUCUGUCGGAGGUGAAUUCCAACAGCGUGCGCGCGUCUGCUGAUCCCCCGAAGAAGAAAACAGCAAUACAAGCGCCUCAGCAACCGGCGUUGAAGCAGAUGCAACUUGACUUGGGCCACGAGGUACGGAAAACAUGCGCGACCUGUGGCAUGGAGUAUGUGCCCUCCAACACCGAAGACUCGUCUCUUCACAAGAAAUUCCACGACAUGAACUCUACAGGAGUGGAUCUAGGGAAAGCGUUUAUGAGGGCGAACGCGUCGCGAUGGGUCUACGAGGCGACUCGCUUUGAUGAGGGAUACGUGGUGAUAGUGGAUCGCAAGUCCUCCCCGACCGCGAAGAACCAGGCCAAGAAAGUCCUAGAGGUUAUCAGUAAAGAGCUGUCCUCGCCGGUGAUCGAGGACGAGGUCCUAUGGAGCCAGACGGAACCACCGAAACAUCUGCGCAAGAAUGGGGAGUCGGAGAGGGUCGACAGAUACAAGGUUUUCUUGCAUAUGAAGGAUAGUCGGUGUGUCGGAGCCUGUUUGACUGAGCGCAUCUGGGAAUCUCACGCAGUGGACAAGGCAUCUCUACAGGCAGAUGGCACCGACUCGGCCGUCACUGUUCGCGACGAGACUCGCUCUGCGAUCGUGGGGAUCUCGCGCAUUUGGACAUCAGGCUCGUCACGACGCAAAGGCAUUGCGAUGGACCUUUUGGAUUGCGUCGUAAGCAACUUUAUUUACGGGAUGGAAAUCCCCAAGGACCAGGUGGCCUUCAGCCAACCGACCAACAGCGGGAAAAACCUCGCCCAAGCAUUCUUCGGGGCCGAGAACGAAUGGCACGUUUACAAGGAAACGCAUCGACAUCAGCCUCACUCCUCUCCGUCCAUAACCUCUCCACCAAAUAUUCCGGAUUCAAUGUUUUUGGGCCAUCCGUUAAACCCCCCAGUUGCAACAGAUCAGACGAACCUCCAGUCGCGGAGUGCCAGCGCUAGUACCACUCCACCUCCGACAGUCAGUGCGCCAGAUCCCGACGAUUCAGUGACUUCGGAUGAUCAAUCAACUUCGGAUCCUUUCAGCCGGGAUGUCGAUGUAAGUGACUAUGAGGCCGAACGGGCCAAAACAUCUUCAGAAGCCCCAGCGACAGCUUCCUUUGAUGUUCAACAACGUCACCAAGGAACAACCCGCACCACUACACUGUCGAGUCAAUCGUCAACCGAAACUGGUCACUCUGGCGACCAAAACCCGAAGACUGAUAAUCGAGUACAUUGCGAAAACGGUGGAGAGUUGCGAGAAAGUAUGGUGAUUACCAGCUCAUUACCCUCGCGCCAGACGCCUGCUUCAAUGGUGGAAUCAGGCAGAGAUGGCACAGUUGAUGAGCCGCCACCAUAUACACACUCUAGAAGAUCGAGUCAACCGGUCUCAUUAGAACCAGGCAUAGAUCCAAACGCACUUGUGACUCGUUCUGGAAAUAGGGAUAGAGUGCCACCGCCUCCCCCGAAAAGUCAUCAUGGGAAAUUAAUUAGCCCUGAUCUGAGCAUAACUCCGCCAGCAUCGCAGACUGCUCCCGGAAAAGCUUCAAGCCGGGUCUCGUUUCACGGCACUUCUCCUGUACCAUUGGUUUCCCCCCCUCGAAUACCAAAAACAGCUCCAGAUUACUUCGGCACACCCUCAAGCCAAUCCACUGCGCCCACUGAUACUCUUCGGCGUAGCAAAUCCCAAUACAAACGACCCCCCACUCCACCGUUGAGUCGACGGCAUAGUCAGAUGCGGCGCUCCAAGUCAACUCUUUCAAAACCAAGCUCUUCCCAGCUGUCCGAGUCCCAUUCUGCGAUUGAGACUACUGCAUCGACGCCUUCGAGUCCGGGCUCUCGGUCACUAACUCCCUCAUUACGGAGUAGAGAUUCCAGAAGUGACCAGAUCAUUCUUGAUGACUCGAAGCCCAACUUCAUAUUGCAAUCGGAGAAUAUUACACCGUCUUCCAUGCAGCCUACGGAAGUAUCGCUAGGAACGCAGCCGAAUCCUCGAACUGCUUCCAAGCGAUCGUCACUCCUCAAUACUCUACCACCGCCUCCGCCUCCUCGCCGCACUCGCGGGAGCAACUACAGUAACGAUAACAAUCGCCCCGUCAGUCUGCGUUCAGAACAACGUGCAGAUGAGCCUGGGGACUUUGUCUCCCAUCCAUCAAACGCGACGGAUAUCCUGGCAGAUCUGUCGCGCUUGCAGAAAGAGGUAGAUGAUCUUCGCGGACAUUACGAGAACCGGCGGGCCCAGUAA